AUGUCACUCAUUAACGAAUCCCACGACUCCUUGCCCUAUCUUGACGCUGCGCCCUCAGCCUCUGCGCGACAGCAAGCCCAGCAGCUCAUCAACUCCGAGCUUGCCCCCGAACACGCCACAACCUUCCACCCCUCAAUUCCCGCCGCCCCUGAAGCUCAAUUCUCCCCUCUGAUCCAACAAGAACUCUCGCGCAAGGAAGCCGGCGUACCUCUCACCGGUGGCAUUGACCUAACUCGCUACGAGGCCCCGGAACCUCCAACUCGCGCCAACGACAAUGAAGCUCCCAACUUAGACGAAUGGCGCCAGGCUCUGCAGAAGGCCUACGUCUCAUCAUCACAUCUCACUAAACGCCACGAGAACCUCUCUCUCCUCGAAGAGGGCGGCAGAAACGCGUGGCUGAUCGGCAACUCCCAGCUAGAAGAUAUCCUGCGAGGCAUUGAGAAAGAGCUGGCCGAUACCAAGGAGGCUUCAGAGGAGGUCAACAAGCAGCGCAAGAUUGCCCAGGAAGCUAGCCACGGCGAGAUGGUCAGUCUCGAGGAGACAUGGAAGCGCGGUGUCGGAGCCGUUCUGGAUGUCGAGUUGGCGUCCGAAGGACUGCGCCAGCAGAUUUUGGACCACAGACGCCAGGCCGCCCAGCAGCCCCGGUAA